AUGGACGUGCAGAUUCCAUCCAUCCAACCCCUGCCCCUGGACGUGGUCGCGCAAUUGAAGUCUUCAAUAUCGAUAUCACAUCUCAACGGGGUAGUUUUGGAACUUCUCAAAAAUUCAUUAGAUGCCGGUGCGGGAACCGUAUCAAUCAAUGUGGACUUCCGAAAGGGCGGCUGUGUGGUGGAAGACGACGGGCACGGGAUAAUGCCGAUUGAGUUCCUCGAUGGAGGCAAGCUUGCGAAACUGCAUCAUACGUCGAAAUUCAACAGUUUGGGUGAAGUUUAUGGCCGGAAGGGCUUGUUUCUUGCUUCCCUUGUGUCGCUGGCUUUGGUGACUAUCACUUCCCGUCACAAGUCUGACCCAACAACCAAUACCUUGAUAUAUCACCGCUCAAAGCCGAUUUCCAGACUGACGCCUGCUCCAUUACACCACGAGCUGGACUCUCGUGAUCAUGGGACUAGAGUUACUGUGACUGAUCUAUUUGGGAAUCUGCCUGUUCGUGUUAAACAUCGGGCGCUGUCCCUACGAACUACCCAGGAUCUCGAUAGGGAAUGGGACGACUUGAAAAGUAUUCUAACCGCUAUACUUCUCGCUUUCCAGAAGCAGGUGAAGGUUGUGAUGUCGGAUGCGACAAAGACAAGAAAACUAGUUAUUCGAGCUGGUUCUCCGAAUGAUGAAAGAUCCUCUGGCACUCUUCAAAUGAGUCGAAUUCGCCCUAUCCUUAUGCAGGCUGGGUAUCUAUACCCAGGCGACUUCGAUUAUUGGGUCACCGCUUCCGCACGUACCUCCGGAAUUGAGGUUCAAGCUGCACUAUCCCUUCAACCCUCUCCCACGAAACAGGUCCAGUUUAUUUCAUUUGGAAUAAAUCCUGUUUUUUCCCAGUCGAAUGCGAAUGUGCUAUAUUGCGAGGUUAAUAGCUUAUUCUCUUUAUCGAGCUUUGGUGUUAUUGACGGCCCUCCAGCUAUUACGGAUGAACUAGGAGAACUUAAUUUGAAAGAUAAUGAUCAACCAGUUGAGAAGGACGGAUCUAGCCGGCGAAAGCGAUGUUUAGGUAAAGGUAUUAACAAAUGGCCAAUGUUUUACAUUAGAAUAGACCUGCAAGGACAUAGCAAAAGUGUCAGCGACGAAGAUGGUUCUCUCGAAUCUAGAAAGACCCUUCAAUCAGUUGUGGACGUUUUGGUUACCAUGAUACGGCAGUUUCUGGAGGAUUACCAUUUUCGACCUCGAUCAAGACCAAAUUUCAAAAGAAACAUCCGAUCAAAGUCUCCUGAGAAUCUGGCAGAGAGACGACUUGUUAAGCGUCCGAAGAACUCUGCACACCCAUUAGCCACAUCCAUUGCUUCUUCUGGGGUUUCUAGAGAUAUGGAGGGUACGGAAGAGUUAUUGAACCCUCAAAUCAAGCUUCCGAACUUUACCCAAUCUCCUAGUGCUCAGUCACAUCCCAAGUUGAGAGAUUUCGGACGUUGGUCACGGAUCAAAAGCGGUCACCAAACUGGAUUUGAGGAUAUUUGGUCUGGCUUACCCCGCGGAAAAGUCGCAUCCAUCGCAAAUAACCCUAAAGACGGUCAACUAGGGCAUGACGAAAUAUGCUCCCACUCGUCUCCCGCAACCCCCGCACCAGAUGUUCAAUACCAUGGAACCCCGAGUAACCUCAGAACCGGCGAAAAUUCUACGAAAUCUGCUAGUCUAGUUGGCAUUGGAGAUCAGGGCCUACAAGAUGUAGGAGCGAAAAAUCAAGAUGAGCAGACAGAAGAGAUUAUCCAGUGGACGGAUCCGAUUACCAAAAAUUCUGUGCUAAUCAACGGCAGGACGGGCCAGACUCUUCCCCCGACAAACAAAAUGUCUACCGCUUUACGAGGAAAAAAUGAUUGGACAAAGCUAGCGUUCGCCGGUCGCCACUUGUAUUCCAGAAACCUAGAGUCCCAUCGGAAUUUUUGGAUCGAUACAUUUCUCAAAGACUGGGAAAAUCCAACAUUCCAACAGUCGGAACAGCCAGUUGUGACAAAGUUUAAUACUUCAGGGCUUUCUUUCGGCGGUGCAGUCAAAUCAUCCCUAUCGGGAACCGGAGAUAGCGGGUUUAUACCGUCUUCUUCUAGAUUCAGUGGUCGGUUAACAAAGCAAGGUUUGCAGAGUGCCCAACUGAUAGCUCAAGUGGACAACAAAUUUCUAUUGUUGAAACUGCCAACGUUAGGCGAACCGAGAAAUGGCAAUCAGCAAAAUUUGGUUCUUGUGGAUCAGCAUGCCGCUGAUGAAAGAUGUCGGGUUGAGCAACUCUUCGACGAUCUAUUCGCCCCGUCUGCGGAAUCGGAUUCAUUUCCAACCUGUGGAGUCAAUGUGUCGACCCUAUCCAAGCCAAUUGUUUUCAAGGUAUCGCUGCAAGAGGGUGAAUUGCUCCAAUCUCAUUCCGACUAUUUUGCAACUUGGGGUUGUUGCUAUACGCUGUCGCGUGGCGAAAGAAACUAUCGUACAGUUACGGUAAACAAGCUUCCUACACUUAUUGCGGAGCGUUGUAGAUUAGAGCCAAAACUUGUCAAAGACCUUCUUCGCGGCGAAAUCUGGGACCGAAAAGACCACGGGAGAAGAUGUUGUACAGCCGGCUCUCAAAUGCUGUCGAAAGUCCCAUCAGAGGCUGGUGAUCCAAAAGAGCCACCAAAAGAGAAUGUCCAGCCUGCUGCUGCCCGUCAUUCUUGGCUAGAGCGCAUUGGCGAUUGCCCCAAGGCUAUUAUUGAUCUCCUCAACUCACGUGCAUGCAGAAGCUCUGUAAUGUUCAACGACGCUUUGAGUCGGGAUGAAUGCGAAAACUUGGUCUCGAGACUUGCACGCUGUGCUUUUCCAUUUCAGUGUGCUCAUGGACGCCCUUCCAUGAUUCCAAUCGUGAGUUUUGGUUCUAUGUCACCUACGGGCGAUGGAUGUGCGUUAGAAACCCAGUCAGGGUUUGAUUAUGUUGGCCUCAACGGAGACCAUAGUGAUAAAUCUACAGCAACCGACAACGAUUUGCUCUUCAUGCAAGCUUUCAAAGCGUGGAAGCCUUAUAUUAUAUGA